AUGCAGGCACAAAAUGUCUUCGUAAUCGUCAGGCACGCGUGCAUAGACCCCGAGUUUCUCGCAUUAACUCAACGGUUGGCAAGACUCGAAGAGUCAAACAGUCACGAGCCAUUAGACUAUACAGCCAACCGUCAUAUUACCAAUAGUACUUUUUCUUCGCCAUCAACUGACUUCCCAAUCACUACUGAGGUGCACAACGACAAAAAAAAGCGUCAUAGAGAAUAUGACUCGCAAGACAUAAAAUUGCCACAGCAGUCAACCAGCAAGCGCCAUAAGUCUCAGACUGUGGCUCAGCAGAAUGUUCACCAAGUGCAUUCUCCUGGCUCAACGCAUCAUGCCAGUGAAGCACGGGAGUACAUUGAACAUGAGCUACAGUGCAACCUGGCACUAUCAAAAGAUCGGCGGACUGCGCUUGAAUCAGCCCGAAAGUUCAUCAACCAGCUGUCUAACCCAACUUUACAUUGGGAAGAGACUGCCGCCAUGGACGAUAUUGAUGUUGAUGACAACCUCGAGCCUCCAAAUCUCACACCGGAAUUGCUCUACAUGAUGCUUCCUGGACCUGACAAGAGAACAAACUCACAGGGAACGUUCUCCUGGCCUGAUCACAUCUCUGAUAGGGCUUUGGAACAAAUGGGGCUUGCUAUUAUCGAGGGCAAUGAAUGCGAGCAAGUGCUCCAGCACUACCGAAUCAUUGUCUGGGUAAAAGCUAUGGGAUGCAUAUCAAAAUUGGCCCCUUUGAUCCCGAGCGAGCCUUUGAAGAUCCAUUUUCGGAAGCUUAAGAAAAGAUAUGAAGCUGCUGCUACAGAAUUGCUGAAUCAGGUUCCAUUGGCAGCUGCCCCAAGUCUUCUUUUGCUUCAAUCACUUAUGUCUGCGGUUUGUCUCUUCAGCGUGAUAUCUCAUUACAAAAAUCUCACUGAUGUAUGUAUGGCAGACACGCUUGAUGCAAUAUUUAGGAAACAUGUCACGCUGUUGGAUGUUCACCGCGCUAGCUUCGAGGGUGAUUGUUUCCCUGAAUUAUCACAACAUUACGGACGUCCAACCCCGAAGCCGCCUUCCUUGCCAGAUCUGAAAGUUGCCCCGACGCAGCUGAUUCAUAUCGACCCUGAUUUGCCAACCUCUGCUAUGAUAACAGGCAUACUCGAGUAUGCGGAACUGAAAAACUCGCUACUGAAUAUUUUGCUCGACACCAAAACUAUAGGAGACACAGACAAGGCCAGGAUACUAUCAGAUCUAGUGACUCGGGCACACGCAAUCCAUUCUAAAAUGCAGAUGUUCCGUCGUCGCCAAGAAGAAGACUUCCCACAAUUGUGGAGCCACCUGCGACGCGAAUGGCUAUCAAUGGACUUCAACUACUAUUCCGUUCUGACGACAAUUAUCCAAGCACGCUCAUCCGUGCUGAAGUCCCGCCUGGUCUGCGAAGAUUGCCUAUACACAGCCCGCGAAGCCCUGACUACUCUCCGCGCAUUGCAGGAGGCGUUCUCAAGCCAUCUCAACUCCAUCAACUCGUAUCCCUACUUUCUCACUUGGACAAUGCUGCUAUUCCCUCUAGCGCCCUUCUUCGUGCUCUUCUGCAAUGUGAUUGCAACAUCAAACGAGAGAGAUUUCACCAUGAUCAAAAACAUUACCGACGAACUGCACCAGUUUGCUGAAGCGAAUGCCUCCAUCGGAAAGUUGUACAAGCUUUUCUCCAAAUUUCUGGAUCUGUGUGCACCCCUCAUAAAGGGUAACCCCGACCACCGUCAGCCUGAACAAUCGAUAGCCGCGCUUUCUGAUGUUGGCCCAACUGACAAGCCUGGUCAGGGUGGAUCGUACGCAGGUGUGUUUGGGCGUGCUGCGGAUCAAGCUAUGGUCAGUCUUCGGAGUACGGAGCCUACUGGGAAAAGCCCGAAUGCUCUGCGGACUGUCGAAGGGUGGGAUGACAGUCUUGUGUGGGAAUUGUUUGAUAAUCAACCAUCUUUAGGAUGGGCGGAAUCAGAGUUGUGGAAUGCCAUGACGCAUUUUGAUCGCACAUAG